UUGUUUACAUUCAUGUGAUUUCGCGACGUUGUGAAAUUGUGAUCUUAUAUAUAUACGCGAUUAAACCUGGAUUUUUCACUAGAACAGACGAAAGGCUUUCAUUUAUCCAUGAAAAAUUAUGUUCAGGAGAGAGUUGAGAUUCACAAGUUUUGGUGAAUUUGCAAUGUCGGCUUGAACCUCAAAUCUUUGAGCAUGUCGGACCAGGAAGGCGGACAUGACAAGGCAUGUGAGGAGGCUAAUAAGGAGAUUGACCCCCAUGACGCUGGUGUUGGCAUGGCAACCAGUUUUCAUCAAACUGACACUUCCUUGACUGGAUUUCUCUUUGGAAACAUUGAUGAAAAGGGGGAACUUGAAGGGGACUUUCUGGACGAUGAAAGCAAGCGUCACUUGGGGUCAUUGAGAGCCCUGGGUGUUGGCUCCCUGGUUGAACAGAUGGUGGGGGAGGAUGACCCUGUGGCUGACAACCAGGCUGAAUCUUCAGAUUAUGAUGAGAAGUCUGCGGAGGCAGUGGAUUUCUCCGAUAUCACAGAGGUGGCUGCAGAGGAGGAUGUGGACACAGUGCAGGAGGGCAUGGCCAGAAUGAUUGCACCCAGAACUGGAAGCGAUGAUGAUGAUGACUAUGAUACAAAGGACUCUGCACUGAUGCCUCCUCCCUCCUGGCUACCUGUGCACACCAAACCCAGUGAGCAGAAACUUCACAAUGGUCCCAGCAUUUCCAGUCAGGAGUCACCCAGCGUGGAUGAGGCAGGAAACCUCAGCACUCCGCUGGCCUCCAUGCUACCACCUGAACUGAAAAACGUCAACGUCAAACAAUAUUUCCCGGAAUUCAGGAAAAAUAAGGUGCUGCGAUUCUCCCGUCUCUUCAAACCAGUCCACCACCCUCACAUCUGGAGACGGAAGAAGAAGAAGGAGAAGAAAGAAGAAGGCACGAACAAUACACCUGCCAUCAAGAAAGAGGAUAUAAAAGUUAAAUCAGAAGCCCAAGCCACACCUGGGGAUGACAAGUCAGAAUCUGAAGCCAAAGAGGUGGCCCCACUGAUAAAGACAGAGAUACCCACUGCAGCCCAGUCCACGCCACCCACAGAGGGCAUGGAGCCCACACUAGAGCCCUUACUUGAGCCCAAACAAGAGCCCAAGCAGGAGCCAGAAAGCCCGACCUCAUCCCCAGCCCGGCUGCCCAGCAUAGUGGAGGAGUAUGAAGCACGCGUGGCGAGGUACUUUGGCACCAAAAUCAAGCUCAAUAUGGGCCGCCCUGCUAAACCUGAGGAAACUGCACCGGAUGAUGAAGAGGUGUAUGCCCAGCAGCAGAAGAAGGCGGUGCAGAAGGGCAGUGACGUGAAUAAUUCUGGUGAUGGUGAGGCCAAUCUGGAGGUGGCACCUUGGCGGUACGGCCCAGCCCAGUACUGGUACGACAUCAUGGGGGUACCGGAGUCUGGGGACGGAUUUGACUAUGGAUUUAAGAAAUGUGGCGAUGCUGAGAGUCACCCAGAAUAUCAGGAGCUGGGCAGUGCAGACCGCGGUGAUGAGGUUCCAGAUGAGGCCUAUCUCAUGGUGACCCAGCUGCAGUGGGAGGAGGAGAUUAUCUGGUCAGGGGAGGAGGCCCGCCACCGUGUCCUCUCCACCCACCGCAACAGGCCCCUCCUGGCGGGCUGGAUACCCAGCACCAACCACCGCACAGCGGCGCAGUACCUGCAGCAGAACAAACCAGGCUGGUCAUCCAAGCCACUGAUGAGGACAAACUCCACACCUUUAGGCACUAAUCUAGAUGAUAAGCAGGACAGCAGCUGGUACUCCAUCUUCCCCAUUGAGAACCGGGAGCUGAUCUAUGGCAACUGGGAGGAUGAUAUUAUAUGGGACGCAGAGAACAUGGACCAUAUUCCUGAGCCCAAGGUCCUCACCAUUGACCCCAACGAUGAGAACAUCAUCCUGAGUAUACCUGAAGACAAGGAUCCCAACACCACAGAAACACCCGCCAAGAAAGAGAAGAGUGAGGUGAAGAAGUCUCGCAUCCUGCUGGGGAAGGCUGGCAUCAUUAAGGAUGAUGAUGAGGAAGAGGAGCCGGCACAGCAGACUAACUCCAACAUUGACCCGUACAACUGCUCCAAUGAUGAGUUCUACAAUCCCAAGUUGAUGGACUCUUCCCUCCGAUCCAACAUCGGUGUUAGUCUCAUUCAGCAUUCUACGCCAGCAGUAGAGCUGCAGCAGCCAUUCUUCCCGACUUACAUGAACGAGAACAAGCUGCGUACCUUCCACAGGAACCCGCUCAAGAAGUACUCUCACGGAACUAUAGCCAUCCCUGGUCCACACUGCAUAGAGGCUCUCUUCAAAAUCAUCAAGCGGAAAGCUAGGCUACGUGAUCAGGAGCGUCAGGCGUUUGGGGGCGGGGACAUAUUCUUCAUGCGCACCCCCCAUGACCUGUCCGGUAUGGACGGGGACAUGGUGCUAUGCGAGUACUCGGAGGAGUUCCCUCCCCUUAUGAUGCAGAUCGGCAUGGCAACCAAGAUCAAGAACUACUAUAAGAGGAAGCCCGGUAAGGACAUGACAGUGCCCCAGUUUCAGUACGGGGAGAUUGCCUAUGCCCACACAACCCCGUUCCUGGGCACCCUACUGCCUGGCCAGUGUCAGCAGGCGGUGGAGAACAACAUGUUCAGGGCCCCCAUCUACAGGCACACCCUGCCACCAUCGGACUUCCUCAUCAUCCGUAAUAGAAACCACUUAUAUAUUCGAGAGGUUGAGACCAUAUUCUGUGUGGGUCAGCAGUGCCCAUUGUACGAAGUUCCUGGACCAAACUCCAAGAGGGCAAAUAACUUCAUCAGAGAUUUCUUACAGGUGUUCAUUUAUCGGUUAUUCUGGAAAAGCAAGGACAACCCUCGGCGGAUCCGAAUGGACGACAUCCGUAAAGCGUUCCCGUCUCACUCUGAGAGCAGCAUCAGAAAGAGGCUCAAGCUGUGUGCAGAUUUUAAGCGAACAGGUAUGGACUCUAACUGGUGGGUGCUGAAGCCAGACUUCCGACUGAAGACUGAAGAGGAAAUGAGGAACAUGGUGUCCCCGGAGCAGUGCUGCUCCUACUACAGCAUGCUGGCAGCUGAACAGAGGCUCAAGGAUGCAGGCUACGGAGAAAAGUCUCUGUUUGCUCCAGAUGAGGACAAUGAGGAGGAAACUCAGAUGAAGAUUGAAGACGAGGUGCGCACUGCUCCCUGGAACACCACCCGUGCCUACAUCUCUGCCAUGAAAGGCAAGUGCCUCCUGGACCUCAAUGGAGUGGCAGACCCCACAGGGGUAGGGCAGGGAUUCUCCUACAUCAAGGUGCCAAACAAGCCCCAGCCCCGAGAUGAGGGUAAGGACAACACCCCUCAGAAGAAGACAGUCACAGGCACAGACGCUGACCUCCGUAAACUCUACCUGAAGGACGCCAAGCAGCUCCUGCGCAAGUUUGGGGUGCCAGAGCAUGAGAUAAAGAAGCUGUCUCGGUGGGAGGUUAUAGACGUGGUCCGCACCAUGUCAACGGAGCAGGCCAAGGCAGCAGCGGCCCAGGAGCAGGGCAAUGAGGGAGGAGGUUGGAACAAGUUUGCUCGAGGCAAUAGAUUUUCUGUGGCUGAGCACCAGGAAAGAUACAAAGAAGAGUGUCAGCGACUGUUUGACCUUCAAAACAGGAUUCUGUCCUCGACGGAGCACCUGUCUACGGACGAGGGAUCUAGCUCGGAGGACUCUGAGUUUGAUGAAAUAGGCAAGAACCUGGAGAGCAUGUUAUCCAGCAAGAAGUCAACAUCUCAGAUCCAGAUGGAGCGGGAGGAAGCUGAGAGGCGGGAGCUGCAGAGGAUGAUCAUGGACGGAAAACAGGACAAAAUGAAAAAGGACAUCAAGCCGGAGGAGGACCCCAUGGCUAGUGUGGCUGGUAAGAAGCUGAAGAUCACUCGUACAUUCAUAGAUGACAACGGGAAGGAGUACACUCGUGUCGAGUGGGUCCUUAAGCCUGCAGUCAUUGAUGCCUAUGUGCGCAUACAGAAAACCAAGGAUCCCAACUUCAUGCAACAGUUUGCAACAAUGGAUGACAAUGUCAAAGAAGAAAUGAGAAGAGAGAGGAGAAGACUGCAGGAGCAGCUGCGCCGUAUCAAGAGGAACGAGGAGAGGGAGAAGAGUGCCCCUAUCAUGUCGGAGAGCAAGCGCAAGAAGAAGGAGGCUCAACUCCUCAAAUCUAAGAUGAAGUGUGGAGCGUGUGGUCAGACAGGCCACAUGCGCACCAACAAGGAGUGCCCCAAGUUCAGCCUGGGCGGGGGGCGAGUGACAGAGGCGCCGGUGAAGGUCGCCAUGACUGAUGAGGAGGUCACGGCUCACGGUGACACUCUGCAGGACCACGGGCUGGUGGAUGUGGUCGGCACCAAACUGAAACUGAGCAAGAGUCUCCUCGAACAUGCGGAACAGAUCAAGAGGAAGUCUCUGGUGCUAAAGUUCCCCAAACAGGCCAUGGAAAACAAGAAAAGGAAGAAAGCAGGCUCUACUAUACACUGUGAUUAUCUGAAGAAACCACGUCAAUCAUCCAAUCGUCGAAGGACUGACCCUGUUGUUACCAUGUCUACCAUCUUUGAACAAGUGCUCAACGAAAUGAGGGACAUGCCCAAUACUCACCCGUUCCUGUAUCCAGUGAAUGCCAAGAUUGUUCCAGACUACUUCACAAUUGUCAAGGAACCCAUGGACCUCCAGACAAUACGAGAGCACAUCCGGGCCAAGAAGUACCAGAAUAGAGAAGAUUUUCUACUGGAUGUUAACCUUAUACUGAAGAAUAGCACACUGUAUAACGGUCCCAAGAGUGUCAUCACUAUAUCUGCCCAGACCAUGUUAGACCACUGUCUACGCAGACUGGCAGAGAAAGAGGACAAGCUGAUGCGUCUGGAGAAGGCCAUCAACCCUCUGCUGGAUGACAACGACCAGGUGGCCCUCUCCUUUAUCCUGGAGACCAUCCUCAACCAGAUCAAGGCCGUAGAAAAUACGUGGCCGUUCCUGAACCCAGUGAACAAGAAGUUCAUCAAGGAUUACUAUGACGUCAUUGAGCAGCCCAUGGACAUGUCCUCCAUACUCAAGAAAAUCCAGACCCACAAGUACCACAGCAGAGAGACGUUUGUGGCUGACGUACAGCUGAUCUUUGACAACAGUGUGCGCUACAACGGCAAAGACCACAGCUACACUCUCACUGCCAGCAAGAUGUUAGAAGUCUGUCGUACUGCUGUUCAGGAGCAUGAUGAGACACUGAGUCAGUUGGAGCGUGACAUCCAGGCAGCCAGGGAGGCUGCACUUGAGGCUGCUGAGUCUGAGAGUGCCUUCACUGGUACCUCAAUCACACAUGAGGAGUACACACAGGGUCUGGAUGGUGAGUCUGGUGAUGGGUACAGCAUGGGCAAGGAGAACGUGACCAUCAAGGAGGACUCUGAGGUGGACGAAACCAACAACUCCGCAGCACAGUUUUUCCAGUCAGUGAACAUGUCUGACUCAGACUUUGUGGAUGUGGAGGGAGAUGAGGACUCGUUCAGUCGCAAGUCAAAGGGGCGGGGCAGACCGAGCACUGCCAAGGAGGGGAGGGGCAGUGUGGACAACUCUGGGGACCAUGACGAUAUCCUGGGCAAUGUCAGUGAUGACUCUGAUGAAGAGGAGGGGAAGGAAGAGCAGAUGUAUGAUGAAUCAUCUCAGUACUAUUCUGAAGAACCAAGCCAGCAAUACCAGGUACAGCCACCUCAAGUAGACGAUGAGAACAGCUUUGACCCGUCUGAUUUCUUCCGGCACAGUGCCUUGGCCGAGCAGGCAGCCGCACAGGACGAUGUGGAGGAGGAGGAGGGAGGGGUGGACAACGACCUUAAUGAUGACCUCCAGGUGUCUGAUUCUGACAAUGAAAUGCUGGAUGAGGAAGACGAUGGGCAGGCUGGGGGCUCCAAUGAUGGCUUUGAUAUUGAAGAGUUCCUGUGAACUUGUGGCAGCAGGUAGCAUCAUGGAGCAUCAUGUAUUGAUCCCGGUCAUUCUGGGAUUGAGCUGGUAUCACAGCUUGGUGCAUGACAAGGGCACUGACUUGUCUCUGAUGGGAUUUCUCAGAACAGUGUACUCUGUAGAGAACAAGAAGUUGUAGUGAACAAAAAGUAACUUGCAAGAUGUGGAAUUACCAUUGUCAGUGUACUCUGUGGUGAACAACAAGUAACUUGUCAAUUGUUUGACAUCGGUAGACAAUGUUCCCACAGGGAAUUACAAGUAAUUUGACUGGUGUGAGAUCGCCAUAGGCAUUUAAGUCUUCAUGGCUCAUGUCUGUGUACUAACAAAGCUAACGUACUUGACAGAGAUGUAAAGCACACCAAUACGUAGCUUGAAUACACCAUUUGACAAUACAAAUGGUUUUAUUUCAAGAAUGAAUGACUAAAUUUGUAAGCUGAUUUGGUAUACUAAUAUGCUAUAUGACUGUUUAGCAGACAAAUUGUUGUGGUCAUCACAAGUAAAUAUUGAUAAUACUUGCAUUUAGUUAUAUUUGUAUAAUAUGCAUCACGUUAAUCAGUGUUACAAUUUGGAUCUCAGUGAACAUAGUUGUCAAUUAGUUUGAUAGUUUGAUCAUGUUCAAUAAGUAUGUCAGAUGGUCAUUUACUUAAUGUGCUUAAAAAAUACACUGUUACUGCA